AUGCUUGAGAAAUCAUGCAGACUACGUCAUGUCGACGCUAAUAAGCUGGCGAGCGGCGGCGGCGGCGGGCGCGGUCUGUUCUGCUACCACUGCCCGCCGAGCCUCCCCCCGCACCAGCAUCGCCUGCCCACGCUGGAGUACCCCUUCACAGCGACGCACCCUUACACAAGCUACUCGUAUCACCCGGCGAUACACGAUGACACAUUCGUUCGCCGCAAGCAGAGACGUAACCGCACCACCUUUACUCUACAACAGUUGGAAGAGUUGGAGACGGCGUUCGCCCAGACCCACUACCCAGAUGUGUUCACGAGAGAGGAUCUCGCGCUCAAGAUCAACCUCACAGAGGCGAGGGUGCAGGUGUGGUUUCAAAAUCGGAGAGCAAAAUGGCGAAAAGCGGAGAGACUGAAAGAGGAACAACGGAAACGAGAAGGAGCAGAGGCAAUGGCCAAGAGGGACCCUUCUGAUGAUAAGGGUUCAUCAGAGUGCGGGAUGUCGCGAGGUUCUGGAGAUGCGUCCCCUAUGUCAGCUGGAGCAUCCCCCCGCGCCUCACCCCCCGUCACUCCGGGCUCUCCUCGCCGCUCCCCUCACCAUUCUCCUACCAGAUCUCCCAGGCUUGAGAGGUCGGACGUCAACUGUGUCUCACCGGCGCCGUCGGUGGGCAGCACAGGGUCGCGGGACGCGCCGCCUGACCCAAGACCUCCCCAUCAUCUCUUCUCACCUUUCGACCAUACGGGCGCGUUCCGCUCGUCCCCAGCGAGCAGCACGGACCCCACGCCGGCGCCCCCGCCCCCGCUGUUCCUGCCCCCGCACCUGUCGCACCUGUCGCAACACCUCAGCCACCUGUCGCAACCCUUCUUCCCUUUGAAAGGUUGGGGAGCCCCUUGCCCAUGCUGUCCCAAAGAAGAGGCGCGGUCAACCAGCGUAGCAGAGCUUCGUCGAAAGGCGCACGAACACUCCGCAGCGCUGCUUCAAUCGUUGGCGAACUUCCAGUCGAGAGCGUUUGCGUUGCCACAACUCUUGCCUCCCCUGCCGUUGCCGUUGCUGCAUGAACCGCCGACGUCGGCCGCACCGCCGCCCGAACCACCCAAACACUUAGAGUGAUUUUACUGUCUCGUCAUUACUGCUGACGUCUACGCUGUUACUGCUUUCAAUACAGUAGUAAAAUAAAUCGCCGACCAACCGAACCACCCAAACACUUACGAGUAAUUUUACUGUUUAGUCGUUACUGCUGACAGUUGCGAUGUUACUGUUUAUGUAAUGCAGCUGUAGGUAAUCUAAAAAAAAGUACCAUCGUAGGCCGCCUUAAACGUAUACCUUAACUGUCAUUAUCUGGCAAUGGAUAACGAAAGAAUUUGUGCUAAAUACUCGGCGUUUAUUAGUAACUUCCUGUCUAUAAGUUGUUCGCGUUGCCGCAGCUCUUGCCUCCCCUGCCGUUGCCGUUUUUGCACGAAUCGCAGUCGUCGUUAGCCGCACCACUGUCUGAACCACUUAUACACUUAAGAGUGAUUUUACUGUUUCGUCAUUACUGCUGACGUCUACGCUGUUACUGCUUCUUUAAUAACUUUUUAACUCGCCAUUCAUUAGUCAAACAAGUCAAACACUUUUGACUUGAAUUUACUGUUUCUGACUUUAGUGAAUUUACUGUUUCGCCAUUACUGCUGACAGUUGCGAUGUUACUGCUUCUUUAAUACAGCAGUAAAAUAAGUUUAAUACCUAAUUAGGUAUUUACAUAAACCUUCAUUGUCAUCUUCUAGCUGACGCUGUUGCACUGCUGACCUCGGCGGUACCGCCACUUAGAGUAAUUUUACUGUUUCGUCAUUACUGCUGACAGCUGUUACUGCUUAUGCAGCAUUAAAAUAAAAGGUUUUAGUAUCAAAAAUAGGUACUAUGCAUAAACCUUCAUUUGUAUUUAAUAGAAAAUAAUAUUUUUGGCCUUUCUGCUCAAAUAAUACUUCUAUUAGGUGUUUCACUUUUCUUUAGGAGUCAUCAAGUAAACUGGCAAGCUCAAAUUUUGAUUUAUAACCGUAAUAUACUAGUAGUAAUAGUAGGUAACUCGUGUUCUUUGUGCCAUUAAAAAAAAUUAAUCAAGCUUUUUAUGUUCCAAUUAUUGUGCCAUUUUAUAAAACAAAUGUAAGAUAGUACCUACCUACUGAUAUUUCAUUUAUUUUACCUAUCCAACAUGAAAAUGUCAGUAUUAAGUCUUAUUUUAAUUUAUUUUACCCAUGUACCUAAAUUAAAAUUAUAUCGUUAUAUUUUUCACUAUCCCCCACCCAUAUCCUGUAUAAUAACGCUUUCCCGUCUAAGACGUUUUUAGUUGGGUCCCUGCGAGAUCGUAUUAAACGGGUCCUACUGUAUACUUCUCAUCAAAAUAUGCGCAAGUACAGGCGGACUGUUUGGAUUUGUUUGAUGAGAAGUAUAUUUUUUUAUUUAACAACUGACAAAUUGCCAUUGUAGUGGCGAAUUUACCAGCAGGCUAAGUAGGCUGGGCAUAGGGCGGCAGAUUUUAGGGAGCGGCAAAUUUGACCAAUAAAUAUUAGUCUGCAGAAAUAAUGAAAAAAAUCAUUAAGUAUAUUGUAUUUAAACAUUGAAAGAGAGAGCGAGACAGAGAAUUUGAAAAUUUAAGAAUAAUUUUAGUUUUACUGUUGUUACGUACUGUGCAGUACUAAUAAAUUGUAUUUAAACAUUGAAAGAGAGCGAGAGAGAGAGAGAGAGAGAGAGAGAGAGUCUUGAAAAUUUAAGAAUAAUUUUAGUUUUACCGUAGUUACGUACUGUGCAGUACUAAAAUAUUAACAGAAUAAAUGUAUUUCAUGAAUAUUAUUGCGAGCUAGGGUAUCUAGUAACAAGUAAUAAUAGGGCGGUAAAAAUUGGACAGCCUACUGGCGGUAAAUUCGUAAAUUCGCCACUGCUAUUGACUGAGAUCUUACUAGAUUUUACAUGAUGAUGCAGUUCAACAUCGAUCGUAGAUCGUUAGAUGGGCCCCGAAGCGUCGCGGAAUUGUCUUUGGUUUUGCAUAUACGAAUGAAAAGUUUCUCAUUAUAUUCGCGUUGUAGCUUGUAUUUUUACACUUCCAAAAUGAUCACGAAGGCAUAAUUAAGGGAUUAGGGACAAAACAAAAACAGUAAAAUAUUUUUUAAGUCGCAGCAUGCGCUUGUUGCAUACUAAGUUAAGAUGUGUGUGCUCGUCUUUGAGUAAUGACAUAACAUUGUACGUUCUUUAAUAUGGAGGGGCCCAUCUAACGAUUUAUAUCGAUGCAGUUCAAGAUGAAAGCGGGAUUAUAAAUCUACUUGGAAGAUAGUAUAAGUUUAAGACACAUCAUAAGUUAUUGAAAAGGUAUUAACUAGCUACUAAGUAGGUUCUUAAACAUGUUAAUGUUAUUAUAAUCAUAGUUACAGUUAAAUAUAUAAUACAUUUGUAAUAACUUAAAAUAAGAGUUUUCUUGUAAAUAAGAUGAAAAAUUACCGGAUCAGUAUUCGACCAAAAUUGUUGUGAAUAUUAUUUUUGUUCAUGUAGAACUUAGGGACUGUUGUAAAUAGAUUAAAUUACGUAAUAAUUAAUUAAUUAACUAUUAAUAAACAGUAUUUUGUAAUUAUAAAUCUUGAAUAGGCUUUGAGGCACUCUACCUCAAUAUGCAACUUCGAUAGGAAUCGGAAAAUAGUAUGAAGAUGUAGAUACAGUAACAAUAAAUAAAUAACAAGUUAUAAGAAGUUACCAAUACCUGCCUAGUACCUACUCAUCUACAUCAUUCAUUUAUUUCUGAAAGAAGACUCGUGCUCACCAGUGAGGCGAAUAUGGGUUGUUAAUGAUGACCUACUCAUCUGUUGAUCCUUUCUGUAGGUUUCCUGUCGCCUUGAAAAUAAUCAAAAAAUGUUAAUUUGUACUUUGUAGAAAAAAUAUUAUGCUUGAAUUUUGUUUAAGAGAAAAUAUCGCUCUCUCUCUCUCGUUACAAUUGAUUGUUUGAAAGAGUGAGCAAUAUUUUCUAUCCACCGCUAUGUGAUGAGAUAUCUCGUGGCACGUAUCUCAAGCAAAGAUAUAGUACCCAUAGAUUUACUAUUACAUAUGUAUUCUGUGCUUUCUUGUUUUUUAAUAAAUUACAUAUGUAAUAUUUUCUCAACAGUUUUAUGUUAUCGAGAAAACUUCACAUUCCCAUAGUAUAUAUGAACUGUUUCAAAUCACUUUAAUAUAAUAUGUUAAAUAGUGUCGGCGCCAUUCAUGUAUAUAGGAGUGAAAGAGAGGUAUAUAAAUCACUGCACUAUGCACAAAGUGUGGAAUUGUGGCGCCGACGUUUAUAUAUAAGGUUGUAUAUAUGUGUAGCUAGCUUCUUACAUAAAUAGAUACCCUCACGUAACUAGUUGUUUUCAUUAUUAUAAAUAAAAAAUAUUAUGUAAAUGCA